AUGUUAUGCCUACAUACAACAUCUGUCGAGAACAGAUACUGGAUCGCUAGUCCUGGUCUAACACCACUAUCUUCACCAUCAUACGGUCAUAGUUCAAAUGAUAGUUCGGAUAAUAUAUCCUUAGG